AGAAACAGUUCUAAAAAGUCUGGUGCAGUCAUAUUUUUUUUUUUAUUAAAAACCCGUGAAAUUGUUGAAAACAUGUCUGGUAGGGAAGGAGGCAAAAAGAAGCCACUUAAAGCGCCUAAAAAAGAAUCUAAAGAUCUGGAUGAAGACGAUGUAGCCCACAAACAAAAAAUGAAGGAACAGCAGAAAGCCUUGCAAGAGGCGAAAGCAAAGGCAUCCCAAAAAGGACCCUUAGUAGGUGGCGGUAUUAAGAAAUCUGGAAAAAAAUGACCAUUUGCAUUUGAAAUGUUAUAAGUUGUAAGGACGUGAUUUCUAUUUUAAAUUAAAUGUACCUCUGUAUAAUAAACAAA